UUAGUUCUCUUAUGGUUGUGUUUUUCUCUUGACUUUAUAGGCAAUACCGUACCUGCAUUCUCAUUGUCCUUGGGCUAUAUGGAAAUGCCACACAAUAUCACAGAGUUUUUCAUGCUGGGACUCUCACAGAAGCCAGAGAUACAGAGAGUCCUCUUUGUGGUUUUUUUGAUCAUCUAUGUGGUCACCAUGUGUGACAACAUGCUCAUUGUGGUCACCAUUACCUCCAGUCCCACCCUGGCUUCCCCCAUGUAUUUUUUCUUGGCCAAUCUGUCCUUUAUUGAUACCUGUUAUUCUUCCUCUAUGGCCCCUAAACUCAUUGCGGACUCCUUGUGUGAGGGGAGAGCCAUCUCUUUUGAGGGUUGCAUGGCUCAGCUCUUUGGGGCCCAUUUCUUGGGAGGUGUUGAGAUUAUUCUGCUCACGGUCAUGGCCUAUGACCGCUACGUGGCCAUCUGCGAGCCUCUGCACUACACGACCACCAUGACCAAGCAUCUCUGUGCCCUGCUGGUGGGGGUGGCUUGGCUGGGGGGCUUCCUGCAUUCACUGGUUCAGCUCCUCUUGGUCCUUCAGCUGCCCUUCUGUGGGCCUAACGUGAUCAAUCACUUUGUCUGCGACCUGUACCCCUUGCUGGAGCUCGCCUGCACCGACACAUAUGUCAUUGGCGUCCUGGUGGUGGCCAACAGUGGUGUGAUCUGCCUGUUGAACUUCCUCAUGCUGGCUGCCUCCUACAUUGUCAUCCUGCAUUCCUUGAGGUGCCACGGUGCCGAGGGGAGGCGCAAAGCCCUCUCCACCUGUGGGGCCCACUUCACUGUUGUUGCCCUGUUCUUUGUGCCUUAUAUAUUUACUUAUAUGUGGCCAUCGUCUACUUGGUCCAUGGACAAAAACAUGGCAGUAUUUUAUGGUAUUCUGACGCCUAUGCUGAAUCCACUCAUUUACACCCUGAGAAAUGAAGAUGUAAAAAAUGCCAUGAGAAAGCUCUUCAUUCAGUAA